AUGUCUAAUAUUGCACCAUCUGGAACGCUUAUUAAUCUUUGGUGUAUCAUUCGUGAAAAUCGUUCUAUUUUCAAAAUUACUAUCGGAACGGGUAACGAUCUUAUCGACCUUAGAAAAGUUAUCAAGGAGGAGAGGAAGCCUCGUUUUGAUGAUUUUGCACCCGACGAACUAAUUCUAUGGAGGACCAAUGUUGCUUCGAAUGUACUUAGGAAUAAAGAAACUGCUAUUGAACCUUACUUAAACGAGAAAUUAAAAGAUCCAGCCAAUACGGUUGAAAAUACAUUUCAAAAUGUUGUAGGAAAUAAUAAUAUUCGAGUUGUUGUUGGUGUUCCCGUUACUGAUGAUCCUCUUCGCCAAUCUUUUGCAAACUUCCUUAAUAUCCCUGAUGAUGUAUCCGACAUUUCAUCCCACUUAAUGUUUGUGGACCGCUAUGAAGAGAUUAAGAAUUUGAUGCGAAACAUGAAAAAUUUGCAUAACCUAAUCAAUAACCUCGAUAAUAUCCCUGAACCCAAGAAACACGUAAUGUUUACCACUGCUGUUGGAACAGCUGGGAAGGGAAAAGCAACAUUUGCUCGGCGGGCGUAUUACGAAAAGGACAUUUACUUGAAUGUGACUGGAGAGGGUCUUUCUAAUGUGGUGCAAGAAUGCCUUUACGCUGGUCUGAAUUUCCGAAUCGAUUGUAGUAGUUUUGAAGGUGAAGAACUUAAAAUUGAUAUGGAACCUGAAAAGCCUUUCGGGAAAAGGCUAUUAUAUGAAGCUCUUAAAUAUCAUCUCCGAGGAAAGACAAUUGAUGAAUUCUUCAAGAUUCUAGGAGAAUUUUCUAUUGAUCUUGUUGACAUUCUUAAAUUAAUUCUGGAAUAUCAUCCAUGCAAAUAA